GACCAUUGCCAGUGACUCAUUCGAUUGGUGCGCUUCCAAAGGAUACUUGUUGGAUACAUCAGUCACAAUGGCCAUCAACGACCCCUCGAGCUCAUCCAUCGUAGAGGCGAUCACGAUUUACAAGAAGAAGACUGGGAAAUUGCUGUUGACGAAUUCUGUGUUGAAAUGGAUCCCCAAGGAUGGCGCUGGGAGUGGCGCUGAAGUCGUUUCGAUCGAUUUUCCUCGUCUCCAUUCACUCUUCUCAUCGAGAGAAGGUGGUCCAAAAGUGAUACUCAAGAUUGUGGCCAAAGCGAUCUCAACAAGUCCCACUCCGACGGAUGGCUCCAAUCCAACGAGCACAGGAGAAGAGACCUAUAACUUCGCCUUCACCAGUUCCGACCCGCUUAGUGAUCGAGAAACGUUCAAGAAACAUAUAUCCGAAAUCAUUUUGCAGAAUCGGGGGCAGGGACAAGCUUCUCAAGCGCCAACACAGCCGACUGACGGCACGGAAAUCCCAAAGAACCCACCAACGGAUGAUAAUAGGAUAGCCUCAGAUAAGGGGAAAGCGGUGAACCCACUCGAGGAUUGGCGUCUCAAGAAACGCGUACUCCAAAACCAUCCUGACCUGCGUCAACUUCAUAAGGAGAUGGUCAUCGGCGGGCAGAUCUCUGAAGGCGAGUUCUGGGAUGGCAGAGAGGAGUUGCUCUAUCAUGAGGCUCGACGCGAUGCACAGAAAACCGGUCGCUCCGCCCAGAUGGUCGACCCCCGUCCUGAGACCACCGACUCGGGCGAGAUCAGGAUUAGCAUCACUCCGCAGAUGAUUAAGGAUAUCUUCGAACAGUACCCUGUCGUUCAAAAGGCUUACAACGAAAACGUCCCACCGUUGAACGAUCAAACCUUUUGGACGCGUUAUUUCCGUUCUAAACUUUUUAACCGACACCGUUCCUCGGCCAGACAAUCGGGUGAUGCAGUCAAAGAAGAUGAGAUAUUCGAUAAAUAUCUGGGUGAUGAUGAUGAUGGAAUUGAACCCAAACAGAUCAAUACACGUGAAGUUUUCAAAUUAUUGGAUUUGGCUGCUACUCAGGAAGAUCACGCAGAGACAGGUAACUCAAACGAUUGGACCAUGCGGGCUGGUACUCAAAGAUCUUCACUUCCUCUGAUGAGAAGAUUUAAUGAACAUUCACAAAGAUUAUUGGAUUCAUCACUUGGUAAAGUACCGGAGCGACGCUGUGGUGGAGUCAUUGAUGGGGGUGAUGCGGGCUCGAGGAACUAUUAUGGGGAGACAGAUUUAGAAGACUUGAAUGCUCCAACAGAGCCAGAGAGGAUCAUUUUAGACAUGCGAGAACAGGAGCGAUACUUCGAGGGGAGUGCGGUUGCCAGUCAGAGCUCCAAGCGAAAGCGGACCGCUGAGGAAGACGCCCAGAUCAUUGAUCAGAUGGCCGAUCGGCUGACCAAAGGCUGGAGGUUCGAGCUCGGAAAGUUCAAGAUCCCCAAGGAUCAAGUCAAUCAAUCUACCCGACUCAUGCUCGAUAACAUCUCGAUUCGUUCCGAACAAGAGCGUGGGUUUAAUGAAGAUUCCAUGCCCAAAGAUUUCCUCGCCCAAAUGGUUUCAACUUACACAACGACAAAUGAAUUUCUGCGACAAUUCUGGACGGCGAUCCUACCGAAUCCGAUGCCGGUCAGCCCCGCGAUAUCUCUGUCGACUUCUACAGCACAAGGCACGAUGACGAAAGAAGAGGAGGAGCAGAAGCGGUUGCUGAUGAUGCCCAAGCCGCCGCUGACGGCCGAACAGAAGGCGCUCAAGGCCCAGAGAAUGGUCGGCUUCUUGUCUAAGACUAACGAGCGCAUCCAGGGCUUGAUCCAGACCGCUCAUCAAAUCGACGGCUUCAAUAAAAGUAACGUCAUCCUCGCCUUUCAGGGUCUCCUUAAGUCGGUCGAUGUGGCACAAAAAUAUUACAAAGAUCGAACCUCUUGAUCUUCCCUUCACUUUUUUCACCUUUUUUUUAAAAAUCUCAUCUUGAGUUUAAUCCGUUUGAUUUACAUGCAUCUCCAGAUUGCAAUAGAUGGAGGAAAUAGGCAGAUUUUGCAUAUCUUGCUCAUCUUUCUCUGUAAAGCCAGAAUGACUGGCUGUAAAGCUGUUUUCACAGAGAAAAAAAAAACAGGUCUCAAUCAUCAUUGACCAGGAGCGUGAAUUUCAACGGGAAGGUCUCCAAUCUCUUGAUUGUUGGGGUUAUAUUUUCCUUGGAGCUGACUCCCCAGUGGAGAAAACUCUCAGUUUGUUGUUAUUACAUGCUGAGAAAUGAUCGACUCAGUCGCACUCAACUACCUCAACAUAAACCAACUCAAAAAGAUAAUCAUGUCAUCUGCAUGCAGUUGUGCUUUUGGAUUGGUGAAAAUCGUGCCAUAGUAUGGCAUUGAAGUAAUCGCUGCAAUACAA